AUGUUACGUGGUCAAGUUGGUGCACGUCUUAUAGCAUUUUCAAUAGGAAAAAAAACUUCAUUUAAAGAGGAAAUAGGAAAACAUAUUAUACAAUCAACGGAUUAUAGAAAUGAUUAUGUACAAGAAAAUGAUGGUGAUUACAUUUCUCCAUUUGCAUCAGAAUUUUAUAAAUCAUUAAAAAUUCUAUGCCCUGAUUGUGAAGAAUUUGUAGAUAAAUGUACUGCAGUUUUUUUUCAUGGUUCCGGUAAUUAUAGGAAUGUUAAAGAAGGGAUAAAAGAAUGUAUUUUAUUGGGUAUUUUUUAUAAUCAAAUUUCAGUAGUAAAAUGUUUAUUGACAAUAUUGAAAUCGCACUAUCCAGAUAUUGACCUUAAUUUUACUAUUGAAAAUUCACAAUUUUUCCCACCAUAUAUAACUCCAUUGUUUCAAGCGUGUUUGGUAAAUAAUUAUAGGCUGGUAGAAUUAUUUUUAAAAUUAAGACAUUCUUUACCUAAAAUUCAUCGUUUAGAUUGUACUUGUUCUAAUUGUACUUAUGAAAUUUAUCCAGCCUUAAUUAAUGUAUUAAGAUUAGAUUUUUAUAGAGCAAUUUCAAGUGAUGCUUUUUUAUGGUAUGGUACAAAUGAUCCAUUACUUUCAGCAUUAAAAUUAUUAAAAGAAUUAGAUAAAACAUCAUCUUUAGAUCCAGCUAAUGAAGUAACAUAUCAAAAUUUAGCUAUUAAUGUUAGAAAAUUUAUUAAAAAAUUAUUUACAGCAACAAAAACACCAGAAGAGGCUAAAAAUUUAUUAUCAUCUAUAAAUGGUUGUGAAUUAUCAUAUAUAAAAUCUGUUUUUCCUAUUAUAGGAACAUAUUUUGAGGCAAAUGUUAAAGAUAUAUUUAGUGAUCCUAAUGUAGUAAAUGUACUUCAAAAAAAAUUUAUUGAUAGUAGAACAUUAUUUACAAGGAUGGCUAAUCCACGUGCAUAUGUUAUAAUUGAUAAUUUUAUAUAUAUAUUAAUGUUAAUUUUAUUUGAAGUAAAUUUUCGUGGAACAGCUUUUAAUAAUGAAAAAUAUUCAAGAAUUCCCAGUGGAAGAUUUGAUAUUGGUAUUCCAUUUCUUUUUUAUUUAUAUGGAUUAGGAUUAUUUGUUAGAAUAAUUUAUAAAUGUUGGAGAUUAGGUUUUAAAGUUGCUAUGAUAAAAUGGUGGACAUGGUUUGAUUUUAUAAUAAGUCAAUUUUAUAUUAUUUCUGCUUAUCAUUAUUGUGCAACUGUUGGUGAAUUAACAAAUGAUGGUAUAUAUGAAAUUAAUAGAAGACAUUGGGAUCCUUUUGGAGUAUCUAUUAUAUGUGAAUUAACUUUUGCAAUUGGUUGUAUAAUAUUAAUUUGGAGAUUAUUUUAUAUUUUAAUGAAAUUUAAAUGUAUUGGUUUAAUUGUUAUUAGUGUAGCAAAAUGUGCUAAAGUUAUUAUUCAAUAUAGUUUUAUUGCUUUUAUUAUUAUUAUAUCAUUUAAUGCUGGUAUUCAACUUAUAUUUAGACCUUAUAGUUAUAAUAAAUCUUUUAAAAAUGGAAAUAUUAAUGAGGGUGAAAUAUCACAAAUGAGUUAUUAUGAAGAUGUAUGGACUACACAAAAAAUGUUAUAUUGGUCUAUAUAUGGAUAUCUUGCUCCAUGGGAAAUGUCAAUUGUUGUUGGUGAAGCAGGUCCCUCAACAAUAGAUCCACCCACUGUUGAACAUAAAUUAACACAAAAUGUUGGUGAAUGUGUUAUUGCUGUAUUUUAUGUUAGGACAGCUGAACAAGCUAUAAUUGAGGCGGCCGACGAGUUCAAGUACGAAGAUUCAAUUAUAAAAUUUGAUGCCUUUUAUCUUGGAACAGCUGUGCCACCACCAUAUAAUAUAUUAUAUUUUAUUGUGUCUUUUAUUUCAUGGAUUUUAAUAACAGUUAAAUAUCAUAAUAAUUCUAAUCUAUUUGAUGGUAUUUAUGAUCCAGAAAUUUAUAAAUUUCGAUAUAAAGUAGCUGAACAAGAGUAUAUUAAAUUGGAAAAUAGUUCUAGUGAUGAAGAAAAUGAAUUGAUUGAAGGAGAUAACGAUUUAAAUUCAAAAGAAAAAAGUCUUCAUCAAAUAAGAAAUGAAUUAACUCCAAAAGUAUUCAAAAUGUUUACUAAUUUAAAGAAAAUAUAUUUAAAAAGUAGAUUUUUGGAUAAGCCAUAUUUUAAUAUACCAUUGGAUAAUGAUAAUCCAGAUAAAGAAAUUGAAGAAUAUUUAGGUCGACAUUUACUUUAUGUAUUUACCUUAAAAGCCCUUUACCAAAGAAUAAUAUUUUCAAGUGGAGAUAUAAAAUUUUCUUCAUUUAUAUAUAAAAAUAAACCUUUAUACUACAUGUUCAAAGAGAAAAAAGAUUUAAAGUAG